UUGCUCAUAUCCGUGAAAAUAGACUUUCAUUCCCCUCACCCUUCAGGCUUCACCGCCCCUCGGCUAAGGCUCCGUCCAUGUGUUGGGAACUAUGAGUGCCAAUUGCCAGCACUGAAGCGCUAUUCCGCCGAGAAGUUCAGUUGAGUUACCGACGAUGAUCGGGUGGAAGGGAAGGACGAAGAUCUCGAGAGAAUAUACAUACGACUAAAAUCUAAACACUAAAAAGUGUGUCGCAAAGAGUGAAAAAGCUUGACUUGAUCGUUAAGUGUUGAUAAGUGGUCCGUCAAUUGGAGGUUUUAUUCAUGGCUUGGCACUUUAAAAGAAUCAUUCAUGAAGAAUAAAACGCAUUGACAAUUCGCGCGGGGCGUUCUUUCACGAAUAAAAGCAAUUCGUACUUGCGCUGUCAAAAACUGCGAACCGAUACAUGUGUAUAUAUGUUUUUUCGUAAAACUUGUUUUCCUCUUUCGAAUCUCGAGAUACAUGCUCGCGCGGGCACAUUAACAUGAGUCAGAAAUCACAGAUUUUCUCAUGACAGGAAGUUUAUCGAUGUUAUAGGCACUCUAAGGAGAUUACGUAGACAUCGUAAAAUGUGUUACAGUAUAGUUGGAGUAUUCAAGCCUAUCGAACGAUUAUGAGAAAAUAAACAAUACAUGGACGACAUGGAAGAUGAACAAACGCCGCGAGAAGCGAAUAAAAUUUGCGGUGUUUGUGGCGAUAGAGCCCUUGGUUAUAAUUUCAAUGCAGUUUCGUGUGAAAGUUGUAAAGCAUUUUUUCGAAGGAACGCCCUUAAAAACAAGGAUUUCCAAUGUCCGUUUACGGAAAACUGUAACGUAACACCUGUAACAAGGCGUUUCUGUCAGAAAUGCAGGCUAGACAAAUGUUUCCUCAUAGGCAUGAGAAAGGAGUACAUUAUGACAGAGGAGGACAAAGUGCUGAAGCGUCACAAAAUAGAGCAAAACAGAGCAAAAAAGAGGCUGCCUUCGGGCAGUCCAAAAAUCAUGAAAAUGAAAAAAGAAAUCGUAGACGACUGUAACUAUGACAAUGACACUUCUGUCUCUAUAGCAUCCGGAAUUUCUACACGAUCAAAUCAUUCGGACGGUUACUUCAUUGAGUGUGCAGAACUCUUCUCAGUUUCAGAAACAGAGUACACAGAAACUGAGGCUAUUGUUAUAACUAGUGGUGAAACUAUGAGUCCUGCUACAGCGGCGAGUGUUCCCAGUCCGUCAAGUCCUCCAGAGAACAGAGACAUAGUUGGUUCGAAAAGCCUGGAAAUGCUCAAAGACUCUGCGAGUACAUCGAAUUUUGAGAACAGAAACAAAAGAAUAUUAGAGAUUGGGGAAACGCCUGCAGUCAAGAGAAAAUAUACACCUGCCGCAUCAGCCUCCAAUUCAUGCGAGUUGGUAACACCACCGUGCGAUUCUUCAAUCGAACCAUGCUCAACAUCCACUCACGAAAUUGCAGAUAAUCAAAGGUUCGUGGAUGUGGAAAAUGCACAAGGAAUUAUUACGAAAUCGCCGAUAGAAACGAGCACGGUUUUGUCGUCAAAAUUCAAAGGAAGACACGAAGAUGCUGUAACAAUUUGCCAAAAAUCCACUAAAGAAACUUGUCCCAAAGGCACUCAGCUCGUGAAUAAAUUAUUUCAAGAUCCUGAACUGAUCAUGAAAUUCUUCAGCAAUCCAAACUUCAUCGCAAAAAUAUUUGAGGACAAAAGUAUUGCGAUGAAAAUCAUGUCUGAUCCCAAUACCGUAGCAAGAUUGGCCAACGAUCCACAAGUCUCAGAGUUUUUCGAAGCAAAUUGUGAAACCGCCAGAAAGGAUGAAGAACGUUCGUGUACUCCCAACUCAGAGGUACUCGACAACAACGGUAUUUCCGGAAAUAUGAUCAGAAACAUGCUCGAUGCCGAACAGCCUCUAGUUGAAAAUCCGAUCUUAACCAAUCUUAUAACAUCGAAAAAGAAUGGUGAAUUUAGUGAAAAUAAAAUAGACGCUACGUCAACGACAACGAAUCCGGAAUGGAACAAAACUAGCGAGGAUGUAACGAGAGACGUCCUACAAGAUGUUGAGAGAAUUCCCAUGGCUGCGAAUUCGAUAGAGUCGAUUUUGUGCGAGGCUAUAAAACUUGAAUUUUCGGCUUACUCGUCACUCUCUUGUAAUCAAAAUAGUCGAGAAUUGAAUGACGCUGAACGCGCCAAAUUAAACGAAUUGAUUGUGGCUAAUAAAGCUCUUUUGGCACCUCUUGAUGACGACAUUACAAAUUUAGUCGGUGAAGAGUGUCGGUUUAAAGGCAAUGUUGGACAUUCCGAUCCCAUGUUACUAGAUGUUAUAAAUUUGACGGCAAUUGCGAUAAGAAGAUUGAUCAAAAUGUCGAAAAAGAUAAACGCUUUCAAAAACAUGUGUCAAGAGGAUCAAUUGGCAUUGUUGAAAGGUGGCUGUACAGAAAUGAUGAUACUUCGAUCAGCCCUGAAUUACGAUCCUGACAAGGACAUAUGGCAAAUACCACACAGUCAAGAAAGUAUGUCGAAGAUAAGAGUCGAUGUGUUAAAAGAGGCAAAAGGAAAUUUGUACAGUGAACACGCCAGAUUCGUCAGGACCUUUGAUCCUCGAUGGCGCGAUGAAAACAUCAUUCUUAUCCUCAGUGCUAUCGCAUUAUUCAGCCCGGAUAGACCACGAGUCGUACAUAGUGACGUCAUCAAACUCGAACAAAAUUCCUAUUUUUACUUACUCAGAAGAUAUUUGGAGAGUGUGUAUCCGGGUUGCGAGGCUAAAUCUACGUUUUUGAAGUUGAUACACAAAAUAUCAGAGCUGCACAGACUGAACGACGAAGUAGUUGGAGUCUACUUGAACGUCAAUCCUUCCAGCGUGGAACCGUUGCUCAUAGAAAUUUUCGAUUUGAAACAUUAGCGGUGUUUCCUACAUCGUGUACCAAGCAAUUUACCACUCCAAUACGACGAGUUAAUCGCGACUUCGCCAAUGGCAGUUCAACCUUCAUUUUUUCUGUGCAUCCUGCCUUCCCUACCGAGGGAAAGAUAUCACGGAAAAAGUCUUGAAAUUUCAUUAAAUUACGCUAUUUUGUGAGUACGAAGCAUAUCGUGGCGUCAAGUCGUUGCUAAGUCUAUAAUAAGUGAGUUUUUUACCCGGUUGGCAUUGCAAAACAACUAACCGACACGGAUUCAUUGAAAAAAUAUAAUUUAUCAUCGUAUCAGUGGAAAAUUCUUUUUUUUUUUUUCAUUUUUACGACAAAUAUUUAUCCAGCCAAAAGCGAGCUGAAUGAUGGAUAAAAUCAAUUCAUUAUGUCCAACGUAGAUAUAAGUUUUAUUUUCUGUGGAAUGAAGUAUGAGAUGACAAAAUUGAAAAACAAACUUUUUUCACGUUUUGUGAGUAUUUUAAAAUAGUAAUUCCUUCUUUAGGUAUUAUUUAAGCAGCUUACCCUAGAGCUGUAUGUGGAAUAAUGUAGAAUUGAGUAGCUAUAUCUGUACAGUUGACGAGAGAUUUGAGGAAAAGCUAAUCUAAGGAACUGGGACUCGAAUCAAAAGUAUGAUUAACGACAUAUUUUCUAAGGCCAACUGUGUAAAAAGCUUUCUUAAAUAUUUUGAAUAACGCUGUGCGUGGAUAGAAAAACAGACGGAAAAAUGAGUACAAUUCUGGUCCGACAAGAGAGACGAAGACAGAAAGAGUAUAAAACUCGUGUACAGCCUCUAUAUAUAACUUGUUAUCUCGUGUAAGAAAAAGUCGCAUCGUAUGUACAGCAAUAUAGAAAAAUACAAUUCACUGUUUUUCGUUAUUUGUUAAGAUUGCUCUAUAGCUUCAAUCCAGAGUAGUUUUUAAAAAAUGCUUGUAUUUGAAAUACAAAUGAUUUAAUGCGAUUCGUCGGUUCGUCCGAUGGAAAAAAUACUUCAACAGUGUACCCCGAAUAUUGUGAUACGAAAAUAAGAAUAUAUAUAUAUAUAUAGAUAUAUAUAUUUUUAAUUAACGCAACGAAUUACCUGGGAUUUUUUCGAAUUUUCUAUUCCCUCCUCAAAUUUCGCGGUUAUUGUUCCGAGUAUAAUAUCUGUAGGAAGCUGCGAUCAUCAUUGCGAUUGUAGAAAUACUGGCGACCGUUAAAAUCGCCGAUAUGCAAAAUGCAACGAAAAAUAAAUAAUAUUUGAGGACACUCUUGCCAGUCGAAAUAAUCCAAUUGAAGAUUGACGUAAAAUAACCAAUCAGUCCCAUCUUGAUUUUUUAAUUGAUAAUUGACGUUUUAAACUUUAAUUUUGAGGGUUACCAACGAAACUCAAUCGUUCUUUUCUCACUUGUAAACUGUCUAAAAGCUGAAAAUAUAGAAUUCUGCUGUUUUUCGAUC